AUGACCACCCCAGGGUUGUAUGCGCCAGGUGGCUCGACCAAGUACAGUGAAGUGAACCAUUCACACGCGAACACUGGAACUGCAAACCCUUCACUUGCAUACCGUUCGCUUACGACUCGUACAUUUCCGAUCGCUUGUCUUCAAGAGCCUGGACUCGGAAGUCGAUAUGGCGAUGCCAAGGCUAUCGAGCAAAAGAUCAGAGGCAUAGCGCCUGGAUUCAGUAUCCGAGUCGAACACCUUGCCGCUAUUUUACUUGUCAAAGGCGAAGAUCUCAAGGAUAACGGUCACCUGUCACACAAGAGCUGCUCCCCUUACGAGUUGAAGGACCGGCUGUGCGGAAUUUCUCCAUUUUGCAAGCACUACAUGCUUCACCUUGACCCGACAAACGAAGAACGACUGGAUAAAAAGGAAUGGGCUCAUGCCCUGCCUCAGCUGCCAAAACCUGAGCCUAGACCAGAACCCGGAAUGAGCUUCGAGGAUACCGCUAUGUCGAUUCACUAUCUUUGUCGUUUCAGAACUGGGUCAAAUGUCCCGGACCUUUCCCCUGACCUCUAUAAGAAGGUAGAGGCCGAACGCAAGUGCAACUGA